AUGAGCUGCGUCCCUGCAGCCCCCUGGGGCCCGGGGCCUCUAGAGAAAGACCUGCGCCCACGGUCUUGCGUGUUGGCCUUGAACCCACGGAAGGAGCAGCGCUCGGGAGCAGGUCGCUCAGAGCCGGCGCCCAGGCGGCGACUGGUGCGGUUCCUGUGUCUUUUCCCUGCGCCCCGAGGCCACCCUCGGCCCGGGCCCGGGGGAGCGGGGCGCAGACGUGGCCUGCAGCCUGGCUGGGUGGCUCGAGCCGUCCCCCUCCGCCGGGCUCCAGGCCCGACGCUCGCGCCGCGGAGACCCGGCCGGACCACGGGCUCGCACGGCUGGUCCACCCCGGCACCUCCUCCGCGCGCGCGUCCUCCCCGCGGUCCCGCGGCCUCCAGGCUCCGUCCUGCCCGGCGGCGGCGGCGGCGCCGCUACACGCUGUCCAGCAGCGCUCUCUGGCGGCCUUCUCGGGAGAUGCAGGUGCCCGCGGCUCAGGCCGGCGCGGUGGCGGGGAAGACUGCGGACGCUGCCAGCAUGCGGGAGCCCGAGGACAGCCGGACACCUCUUUCUGCUCGUCAAACUCCAAGAAACAGUCAGUGGCAUUGGAGGGCCACCAGGACCUGGGACUUCAGGACCUUGGUCCCCCACAGCUGCAGCCCCUACAGCCGAAGCGUCAGUCCCUUCCAGCUAUACUCUCUCUGUGCGGGGACAAAGCCCAACAGGACCAAGGUUGCCCAGCUAUAA